UGGUUACCACCCAACUCUAGAAAUUGGGUGUGAUAAUGAACUGAAAACUUCUGUUAAUAGAUGUUUUUGUGAAGCAAGAAAUCUUUGAUGUAUCAGAGGACUUGUGACCUUAAUUAUUGAUUCGUAGCCUUAUAUAAAUGGCUGUUGAAGACCUGAGACGAUCAUUAGCCUACACUUCCCCGCAGAUGGUUUGGUUUUCCACCGUAUUGGUUGUGGUGGUGGGCGUGCGGGUCCAGGCUGCUCCACCACCGCUCCCCCGCUGGGUUCUGGAGGACACCGGCUCGCAGCCUGGCACCCUCCCACUCAUCAUUCAGUAUGUGGUGCAGAGCUUCCUGAAGAAUUGUGGUAUGGCUCUGUUCUACGACUCCAGAGAUGACUCUGGAGAUGUAGAAGGCAUACUUCAUGUGGUUCAUCAACCAAUAACGGUGUUCGCUCUGGUGAGGUCUCCUGACGGAGGCCUCAGACUACCCGCGGGUACCAAGAUCCCGCUCCUCACCACCUGCUCUGCCUAUAUAAUCCUCUCGCAGGAUCAUGAAGGUCUGUUGUCUCUGGUGUUGUCAGCAGAGUUCCACACUACGCUCAGCUACCUUGGUCGCUUCAUAUUCGUGACGGGUUCGGCGUGCAGGGCAGCCAAGGUCAUACUGGACAACGAGGUCAUGGCUUGGCGACCCCACGCUCUCGUCGUUACCAAGGUCGACAAAGAGAGUGACAAGAGGCGCGGCACAGACUACCACCUCUGGAGCCACCAGGUGUUCCGGAAGGACGUGGCGGAGGUCGUGUACCUGGCAGGGCGCUGGCAGCGGGAAUCAACUCAGCGUCCCUCCCACCUCUUCCCCGACAAGCUGAACAACUUCCACGGCAACGAGCUGCGGGCGGUGACCUUCGAGCACGCUCCCUCCAUAGUGCAGAUUCAGGAGGCCUCGGGCGUCUACCACUAUGACGGAAUCGACAUUCGUCUCCUGCACAUCCUGGCUGACGCUCUCAACUUCCGUCUGAAGAUCGUGAAUCCUUCGGAUGGAGACAAGUGGGGCUCGCCCCUGGCCAAUGGUUCCUGGUCAGGGCUCACGGGGGACCUAACCCAGCACAGAGCACACAUGGGUGUCGCCAACCUCUUCAUUCACAUUCAUUAUCUUGAGGUGGUGGAUAUGACGGUGCCCUAUGAUAUGGAGUUCGGCUGUUUCAUCACUCCCUUACCCAAGCCGCUGCCACAGUGGGUCGCCCUUGUCUACCCCUUCAGCUCUCAGGUGUGGUGGCUUACCCUGGCGUUCCUGAUGGCGGGGACGCCGCUCCUGUACCUCGCGUCCCGCCUCGCCCACUACUUCCUCCAAGACGAGACAACGUGGGCCACCAACUUCGGUAACAACCUCUUCUACGGCACCGCUAUCUUCUUCGGCAUGGGGAUGCCAAAGUUGCCUGAGAGCGACGUGACGCGGGGGUACUUCAUCAUGUGGGUGUGGUACGGUCUGCUGGUGACGGUGGUGUACCGCUCCGCCCUCACCGCCUUCCUCACCAUCCCCCUGGAGCCGCCGCCCAUCAACACCCUCAACCAGCUGGCCGGGUCAUCACUACCGGCAUGGGGAGCCCCGGGGCUCACCUUCAAGAAGAUGCUGGAGGAGAACCCGGACCCGACGGUACAGAGGCUGGCCCGCCGCUACCUGCCCGUCAGCGACGCUCAAGAGGGCAUCACUCUCACCGCCCAGGGCAAGUACGCCUUGAUGGAGAACCGCCAGUUUCUGGAGUACACCAUCGCUACCAGCUACACCAACCAGCACGGCGAGGAGACCCUUCAUGUUAUGAAGGAGUGCUUCCUCCCCUUCAGGAUAGGGAUGGCGAUGCCCAAGAGAUCACCAUACAAACCCAACUUCGACAAGAUCGUCACCAGAGUGGUCGAGGCAGGUCUGGUCCGGAAGUGGUUCCAUGAUAUCCUCUUCAUGAGUCGCCAUCGUGGGUCGGACGAGGACCAGGACACCAGGAGUGGGGCCUUCUCCCUUGACAACCUCCAGGGCGCGUGGCUGUUGCUGGGGGCCGGGCUCCUCGUGUCCCUGGUGGCGUUCCUGCUGGAGUCCCUCACCGGGUACAUGUGCCGUCACAGGGACCUCUCCCUAGGACACUAGGAGCGCGUAUGCUUGCGACAAGGAUCUCU